AUGCAACCUUGCAUUGCCGCGACCCCGCAAAACCCACGCUCCCCUUUCACUCCCAUUUCCCUUCUCCACCCCCACGCGCCCCCCAUCAAAUGCCGUCUUGCUUUAAAAGCCCGAAGGCCCAAAGCAACACCCAAAGAAUGGAAGACUCUGACGCUAAACAUAUCGUUCAACCUCGACCAUCACCGACUACGCGGUCGCGCCACCACCAUGGUCGUCCUACUGCCUUUGCUCUCCUUGCUGGGGAGUGUCGCAGCCCAGCCGAUAAACCAAGACAAACCUAACUACCACGACGAUACUGGAGUCCUAAAACAUGUCAACCCCAUGAUCGGCACUUAUGGGACAACCCCCAAUGGAAACGGAGGCAUGAUCCCAUCGAUAUCAACACCAUUCGGCAUGACGCGCUGGACCCCACAAACACGCGAGAAUUUCAUUUCACAGGUCCCCUACGGUGCGAGUGAUCGCUUGAUGCACGGUUUCCAGGCGACUCAUCAGCCUGCGAUCUGGAUGGGUGAGUCCGGCCAAGUGGUGAUAACUCCGGGAAUGGGUGAUGUGCAGCCAUUAUUUCAGAACCGAGGACUUGCUUUCCGGAAAAGUGACGAGCGGAGUACUCCAUAUGUCUAUGAGGUUCUUCUCGACGCGGCCCAAUUGAUGAAUCGCGACUGGAAUGCUACGGCGGAAGCUGCGGGUGAUGGACCUGACCCUGGUGGUGCUGGCACAGUGCCAAGUGAUGUACAGGAAGGGAGCAAUGGCCGGAUACGGAAGCGUCACGAGGAGCAGGGUAUUUUAGACAGCAGAAACGAACAAGCAGAACAGUACCGGCGGUCAAUUCAGGUUACUUUAUCCGCAAAGUCUCACGCUAGCCAUCUCCGAUUCGACUUUCAGAGUGAAAAAAAUACACCGAAUGACGAAAAAGUCUCUCCUUGGGUCUUUGUUCAAGUUUCUCGCAGAAAUUGGACCGGAGAAGUGCAUAUUGAUCCUGAACGAAAGGAAAUCUAUGGGUACAACACAGAGCGCCAAGAUUAUCUACUGGGACCCGAUCAUGCCCCAUCUUUCAAAGGAUUUUUUGUUUCCCAAUUCUCGGAACCAUUUGCCGCCCAGGGUGUCACGAACGGAAAUGAAACCGAAGGGGAACUGGAAAGAACUGGCAAUUUUACCGGCGCCUACGUCAAAUUCCAGAAAGAUACGACCCGAGUCGAAGUUCGCACCGGUGUUUCCUUUGUCAGUAUCGAGCAGGCCCGCAGAAACCUGGAAAUUGAGACCCCGACUAGUUCGACAAUUGAGGAUACUGUGAAGGACGUCAAGCAAGUUUGGCUCGAAAAGCUUGGUCGUGUGAUGAUCGAAGGUGUCAACAGGACUAACUCCGACCAAGACCCUCGCACAAUUUGGUAUACUGGCUUGUUCCAUUCUUUGCAAUACCCCAGUGACUAUUCAGAGCCGCUUUCCGAUACUGAUAAUUCUUCGCGAAUUUUUUACUCCGGCUACACCGAUAGCGUACACACCAGCGACGACUCAUACUAUCAGUCAUGGUCAAUAUGGGAUACUUAUCGGGCCGAGCAUUCCGUCUUGACACUAUUUGCCCCCGAGAGAGUGAACAGCAUGAUGCGAUCUCUACUUCGUAUCUUCGACUGGUCAGGCUGGCUACCUAUGUGGGCCAAUGUCGUCGAAACGAACAUUAUGAUCGCAACCAAUGCAGAUGCAGUGCUUGCCAACGCACUCGAGCGAGGGUUCCGUGACUUCAACAUCUCCAAAGCAUGGGAAGCCGUGAGAAAAGACGCCUACACUCCGCCCGAGCAUGAUACCGAGCUACUAUACUACGAUCGCGAGCCUUUUACCCCCGUCGAGGCCCGCGCUGGCCUGACCGCGUAUAUGAAACAAGGAUGGGUAUCAAAUGACGGGUGGUCCGAAGCCGGAAGUCGCACUUUAGAUUAUUCCUUCGACGAUUUCGCAUGCUCUGUUGUUGCUCAGCAUGCAGGCGUUGAGCAGAGCGCAAUUGAUGCCCUACGCACCCGCAGUAGUAACUACAAGCAUAUCUGGAACAACGAGACGCAAUUCAUGCAGGCUCGCAAUGCGAACGGUAGCUGGGCCAAUAACACUUGGGGUUGGACAGAAGGAGAUGACUGGGUCUACACAUUCGACGUCAUGCAUGAUGUCCAGGGCCUAGCCGAGCUAUUUGGUGGGCCCGAAGCCAUGGCCAAGAAGAUGGAUACAUACUUCCAAGGCGGGCAUAAUGAUCAAACAAACGAGCCAAGUCACCACGUCCCCUAUCUUUACUCCAUGCUCGGCUACCCCGAAAAAGCCGCAGACACAAUUCGCGAAAUUGCUUGGUCAAAUUACAAUGCCACUAGCGGAGGACUUGGCGGAAAUGAAGAUUUGGGUCAGAUGAGCGCUUGGUAUUUGUUUACUGCGCUUGGCUUCUACCCCGUCAACCCCGCUAGCGACGAGUAUGUCAUCGGUACCCCAUUUUUCGAGAAGGUAUCGAUCCGCCUACCAGCUGGUGCCGCAAAUGGUGGAAGGGCGACCAAACAAUCGGAAAGGGUUCUGGUUAUCAGUGCGCCCGGGGCCCCCAGCAAACCGUAUAUCAACAGCCUCAAGAUCGAUGGGAAACGUAUUGACUCGCCUAUCAUCAAGCACAGCGACAUUGUCGGCGCGACCCGAAUCGACUUUGAGAUGAGCGGGGACCCAACAACCUGGGGCACGCGCCCUGUCUGGUUAAACAGCGGAUGA